UCAACUGUGUCCAGCUGAUCUACAGGUGCAGUUUACUCUUGGAGCGCUGGAUCCUGGAUACUACUACUACUACUACUACCAGGCCGGAGAAGAUGGGCUGCUGCUUUAGUAAAGAGCUCAACACCGGCCAGCAGAACGAGAGGAGUGGUCUGUUACAGCCCCAGAUCCACAACGGGCCCACUGAGGUGACAGAGCAGGUCAGACAACACGCUGUUGCUGUGGCUCAACAAGUGUGCUUUGGCGAUGAUAAGGGUGGAAGUGGAGACGAGGACGAGAAAGCCACUCCAGGACUGGACAACGUUUGUCCAGAGGCAGUCAGCAGGGACAGAACCACGUGGAGCCAGGGGGAUCUUGAACCAGCAGGCACUCAUGAGGAGGAGGCAGCUAUUAUUAACACAAGCAGCCCAAACACGCAUACAAACACAGACAGGAUGCCCAGCUGUGGACCGGCCCUGGAUAUGGAGAGUCCAGUCCAACAGAAGACCCUAGACAACGGCAUAGUCAGUGCUUUAUGUGUCACACAGAAGUCAGAUGAGCAGGAGAAGAAGAAAAGAGACAGAUGUCGGUCUGCUCCUGCCAGGAGGCUUGAUAUCCAGGCAGAUGUAGGGAGAAAGGUGCAACAGGUGUCUAACGAUCAGCCUCCUGUAAGUAUGUGUCAGGAUACCCUGCAUGAUUUGCUUAAAGCUGAGGAUGAAGAAGUAUGUGCUGCUGCUACGACACUGGCUCAAGGUUGUGAAACGAGAACCCGAAUCUUUUACAGCAUUUGUUCCAUUGACACGGACGACCUUGACCACGAGCACGUCCACAGCCAAAAUCAAACAGCUGGAGCAACACGCUCACCGCACACAGCUGAAGGAGAAACGGCUGCUCUGCCCUGCAUGUCAGAGUCCUCGCUCUCCGACCAAUCACACGCAGAGAAAAACAUGGUCUGUGACUCGACAACAAUCUGCCAGUCACAUAAUGACCAAGCAGCUUCAGCACAGUCAGGUUUAAUAGAAAAAACACCCUCUGUCCCUCCACAGAGUUCUCUUCCAGCAGAAAAGACUAUCUUACCUCAGUCUGUUGAAUCUUCAUUGCUGGCACACCCUCUGUGUGACCUGCUGCCCUCCUCCACUAAUGAAAUAAACAUGGAGGAGCCUCAGGAAUCCACAGCACACGGCCCCCAGCAGGACCAUGUGGACUGUCAGACAGCUGCUGAAAAUGCAUAUGAGUCCAAGGAUGGCAUGUUGAUGACAAAUGAAAGUGCACUUACAGAGGAUUUAGAAGAGAUAGCCGGAACAGAGGGAGACGUCAGCACCACAGAAAAAACAGUGCAUGAAUUCCAGGUGGAAAAGUUGGAUCAGAUUGUCGUUUCUACCUUCAGUCCUCUGCUGGAGUCUGAGCUGCAGCACAUCAAAAGUUCACAACCAGAGACUGAAUCUCCUGUCCUGGAUCCUUCCUGUCAGAGCGUCAGCUCUUCAAAGCUUGACUUCAAACCGCUGCUAAAGGAGGAUGUUUCUGUGCCUCUGACUGAGAUAGAAACAGUUAAAUCCUCCCUGCAGAACAUAGCCAUUCCUGCCACCUCCCUCCACAGCAGGGAUGUCUGUGACAACAGUGCAACAGAAACAACUCUCACUGAAGUGUCUUCAGUGUCGACCAUCUCUGCUGUCUCAUCACUGCCUGUCGAGCUGACUGCCUUUUCCUGUCAUCUGACUCCUCUCUCAGACGUAAAAACCACAAGUCAGCCCUGUGACUCCAUCAUAUCCGACAAGUUAGAUGUCAAUUCAAAUGAUCCAACAUUUGAGCUGACCAGCAUUAAGCCUCUUUGUAGUCAACAUGAUGAAUUUACUGAAUCUGAGCAGUGUGACGAACAGAUAAACACAAAAACAGAAGACUCUGUGGUGCUUCUGAAGCAUGGCUCAGUUGAUCCUUCUCAGGAGUCCUUCAUGAGGGGAGAUGACAGACAGGAGGUGAAAGAACCAGCAGACAGUUGUAAAGACUGCAAACAGGAGGAGACAGGUGAUGUUAAAGGUGCAACGGCAGAGAACACACCUCACCUGGAAAAAAGGGAUGAAAAGUGUGAGCUGCUGUCAGAGCUCUGUGUCAACUCCACAGGUGUUAACACUCCUCACACUGCUGAAAGCAUAGCUGAAGAUUCAAGUCUCACACCGCCUCCUCCUACUGAAAGAGGGCUGUCUGUCACUACUUCCUCCUCUCCUCACUCAUAUUUGUCUCUGUGCUCGUCAUCUGAGGAAGGUGAGCGAAGUGUUUGUCCUGGAGUUGAUACUGAGGUCACUGAGACCACACAAAUCCAACUCCCCGUGAACACAACAGAGAAGGUAUUUAUGCACAUAGCUGAGGAAGAGCACUCAACAGCGGCACAGGGGUCAUGGAAUGACCUGCCUCUUCCUGUGCUGAUCAAACAUGACUCUGAAGAUUCAGUGGAAGAGCUGCUACACUCUCCCACAGAGCUAUUGAGCUCCAGUGUUUCUUCGAGCAUUGUUAACCAUCAAGCUGAUAUCAGCCCACAGAGUGACACUGCUGACAGUUUACCUGAUGAUUUAUCUGAUGGGCUCCCCUCAGAGGAGAUCAGUGAGGUGAAGAUGUCACAGAAUGAGCAUCCUACUGAGGAUCUAUCUGAUGUGGAUCACUCAGAGGAGAUCAGUGAGGUGAAGUUGUCACAGAACGAGUGUUCUACUGACAAGGAUUUUCCUCCAGAAACUCAAAAUACUUCAUCUACUGCAAUAUUGUCCAAAACAGCGCAGGCCCAGGAUGAUAGCAGCGUCUGUGACCAAGACCUGGUUUCUAAUGACCCAAGAUGUCCUGAUGACGAAAACUCAAACCUCCAGAAAAAGCCCACCAUGUUGAAUGUGGACCCGGAUCAGAUUGAUGCGUACGCCUCAACUCCAUCGUACGAGAUUCACUUCCUGCAUCAGGAGCAGCCAGCGAAAAUCGAGGAUGGCGAGAGAGAAGGAGGGAUGAGGGAGAUGGUGUCAGAGCUGCUAGGUGAGGAUGCGGGCGCCUCCAUCUGCCGCCUCUACCCAGACCCCUGGAUCAAGCUGGGUCUAGAGGAGAGCUGUGGUACCUGGGCUCAGGGCACUUCUGAGGCUGAGCAGGGUGAGACUAAGACAGAUACGGACUCAGAGCAGAUCCCAGCCUUGGUGACGGAGCUACAGCCCUCUAUGGCUCUGCUGGGAGCAUACCCCUACAGUACUGUGAUGCCUCAGGGGGCCUGUGUGUGGGACUGGCACACAGACUGCACCCAGUCUACACCUGUUGCUGCCCCCAGCCUUAACCCUGAUGCUGAGGUAUGGACCAAUCACAACUUUAACCUUGAAAUCCCUGACCCUGCCUACCUGCAGGCCCAGCAGCCAUGGCUGGAACUUCCCAAUGAUCUGACCAGUCAGGAAGGAUACAUGCCAGAGUUCCAGCUGGAGAACGCCAUCCUGGCUGAGGGUCUAGCUGAGGCACAUCCAACGACACUCGAGUACCAGACGCUGACCUCAGAACCUCCUCCGGUUAAUGGAGAGCUCAGUGGACCAGCUGUCACAGAUGAAAUCAGACAAGAGCUGAGGAAUGUUUUGGAGUUCUGUCUGACCAGGGAGCACCUUGGCAGUGACCUGUACCUCAAUUCUCAGAUGGACAGUGACCAGUAUGUUUCCAUAGCAACACUGGCCAGCCUCGAUAAGAUCAAGACUCUCAGCACGGACCUGGACCUCAUUGCUGACAUUUUGAAAACACUGCCACUGGUCCAGGUGGCUCCAUGUGGACAGAAGGUCCGGCCCUGUCAGAGCCGAUGUGUUAUUAUCCUGAGAGAGAUUCCAGCAAGCACACCUCAGGAGGAGGUGGAGGCUCUCUUUGCCGGAGGAAACCUGCCCAAGUUCCUGAGCUGUGAGUUUGUGAACAACGAUAACUGGUUCAUCACUUUCAAAACAGAAGCAGAUGCUCAACAGGCGUACAAGUACCUCAGAGAACAGGUGCGAGUGUUCCAAGGAAAGCCCAUCAUGGUGAGGAUCAAAGCCAAAGCCAUGGCUGUUCCUACAUUUGCACCGAAAAACGGCUACAGACCCCCACAGCUGGACCAGUGCAACAACCAGUAUAGCUCCUACUUUCCUUCCAGCACCUUCCAGCAGCCCUGCCCCACCCUCAUGCCAGCACAGCAGCUAUACGCCUGCACCAGUGAUGUUUGGGCUUCAGUCACUACAGGAUACCAGGAGGGAGCUGAGCAGCCUUCAACUCUGAACGACUUCUUGAAUGGAGUAACAGGAACUUCUCUCUUUAAACCUUACAACCCACCCAGACAGAAGAGAGGUUCACGCUGGUCAGGUUCUGGAGACCACUGGCAUUUGUCCAAUCAGAAUGGUUUAACCAACCAGUCUGAACAAGCACCACCAGAGCGUUCAUUUUCUCCAAAGCGGGGUCGAGGGCGGUCACGGGGCAACACCCGAAAUCAGAGUAGAGGGGGAAAGUCAGAGCUCAACAAGCAACCUGGGACAUCUGAUCAGGGGAGGAGAGGAAACUUCAGCCAGAAGAGGAGAGAGAAUGGGAGGACGUGGGACAGAUCUGCAAGAAACGAGCGUAAUCCUUCAAAUCAGUCACCUCCCCGUCAACCUUCUCCUCCUCCUGAGCUCGGACUGACCAGCUUCCCUCCUCUGCCUCCUGCAAACACUGCCAUAGCAACGGUCCCUGCAGCUAACAGCAGCGUCAAGACACCGGCCAAAAGCAGCAGCGUCUGUACGUCAGUGCCAGCAGAUUCAGCAGAGCCUCAGUCUCCCCCUCAUCAGAAUGUGAAGGAGUGUACAGAGACAACCGGUGAGGCCAAAGCAGCUAAACUGGCACAGGAAGCAGUCACAGAAACCAAGAGGCUGAGCUACGCAGAGAUCUGCCAGAGAUCCUCAACCAAUGAACCACUGGCACUGCAGCCCACUGACAUCUCCUCUUCAGAGGCAGAGCAGCCCCUGACCUACCCAGGACAAGCGACCGGGUCAGCUCUGAGUCCUAGAUGAUCAUAUUUUUGGAGGGAGACACUUCUUGAACCUUUUCCUGUCCUAUAGAGAAUGUAUAAUUCCACUUCUUAAUUACAUACAGAAGCAGUCAUUUACUGUAGAAAUAAUCUGUUAAUAGAGCAAUGUAAUUAAGCCAAGCAGGAAGAGUAUUAUUUAGCACAUAAUCUUUAAAUCAACUAAAAGUACGUAGGUCUAGAUUUAGAAAUGGAACCCUUCACUAAAUAAAGCCUGUACUGGUUGGGGAUAAAUGACCGCUCACUGGUGCGGACAUGGAUGUGCUCUGACGUCUCUGACCACUCAGGACGUUUAAGCUGAUGUUUCAGGUUUUAAAGAGGCAGCUGUAAAGAAUCUGUAAAUGUUGAUCUGCUACUUUAUUUUAGUUUGAUUUCUUGGUUUGUAGUCCAGAUCUGUUUCUUUGGAGCCAGGUUCUAUUUUGAUUUAUUUUUUCUGAGAACACUGGUGCUUCUUUUUCUGCAGUUUCUGUGUGUUUUUAUGUUUUUUUUUUUUGCUGUACAUUACGUUCAGCCAUAAUUUCCCCCACAUUUACCGUGUUAAUCUUCCAUCUGCAGGGCUGCUCUGAGCACCCCUGCUGCUUUUUCUCUACAUAUGAAUGCUACUCACCGUUUGUUUCCAUUUCAGAAUUUGGUUAGCAACACUUGAGAAGCACUGAAGGCUUUUACUUUAUUUGCAUGAUUUUUUUUUAUUUCAUUUUUAGAGUUUAAUUUAUGUCGUAUUUUUUAUUUCUUUUGAACAGGAGUGCUUUUGUGUGUUAAGUCUCACCUGUGUUGUAAAAAUAAUCUUGUUGAUGUACCACAGAGAAAGUUAGCUUGGUUCAGUUUGUCCCAUUAAGGAGAACAUUUUUCUGAUAAGGUGUAGCAGUUAUCUAUGUCCAUAAAGAAGCACUGUUGGAGCACUGAGAACUUGAACUUGAUUGUAUUAAGCCAAAAGCUCUUCUGUUUAAAACAUAAAAUUUUAAAUGUUGUCAUGGAGAAAGAGCUGGCAAGUUGUGGCACACGUUACUUUGUCUGUACAGAUGUACAUAUUAUUGAACAGAUAUUAAAAAGUGCCUUUGAAGUUUAAA